UAAUCACAUUGCAUGCAUCAUGAAUGGGAAUCGGAGAUAUGCCAAGAAGCUGAAUUUGAUGGAAGGAGCUGGCCAUAGAGCUGGAUUCUCAGCUCUUAUGUCCAUGCUUCAGUAUUGCUAUGAGUUGGGGGUGAGAUAUGUAACCAUUUAUGCCUUCAGCAUUGACAAUUUUAAAAGAGAUCCUGAAGAAGUUCAAUCUCUAAUGGAUUUGUUGCAAGAGAAGAUUGAAGGCUUUGUUAAGGAAGAGAGCAUUGUCAAUCGCUAUGGUGUUAGAGUCUACUUCAUAGGGAACCUCAAACUCUCGAAAGAACCGAUCAGAUUGGCAGCUGAGAGGGCUAUGCUUGCCACUGCAAAGAAUUCCAAAGCAGUUCUGUCAAUCUGUAUUGCCUACAAUUCCACAAAUGAGAUUGUGCAUGCUGUCCAGGAUGCAUGUGAAGAAAAAUUGGAUGAGGUUAAAGCAUAGGAAGUAAAUGGAGCAGGUUAUGGUUUAAUUAGACUUGGAGGGAACAAACUGGAUGAGAGGGACUACCCAGUAACAGUUACAGACAUUGAGAAGCAUAUGUAUAUGGCAGUCACCUGAUCCUGAAAUCAUAAUACGUACUUCUGGUGAGACACGCUUGAGAAAUUUUCUUUUAUGGCAGAGUGCUUACUGUUAUUUGUAUUCUCCUUCGGCACUCUGGCCAGAGAUUGGUUUUUAACAUUUUCUUUGGGCCCUUCUGAACUUUCAGCAGAACCACUUUUACUUGGACAAGGAAAGGUAACAACCAUGAUAUCUUGUUGUCAGCUUAUUUGAUGGUUAAAUCUUCAAUUAUCUUUUGUAACUUCAACAGAUUCCAACAUGUGCUUGGACCUGUUUUUACUGUCCUUGCUUUUGGUAUAUACCUGAAUGUGUAACACAUGAAUUGAUCAUUUUAUCAAAUUUAGGUUGCCCAUCCAAAGAUUCUGAUCAGCGACCUUUGUGGUUAUAAACUGAUAUUUAUACUGGCUUUGUUGAGAAAAUGCUGGAUGAUUUACUUUGAGCAAAGAAGCUUUUUACAUCAGUAAGUUUUCCUGUUUUUCGUGUUAUGAUGCAAAAGUGACUACUCUCUUGGAUUGCCUGUUUGGUGCGGUUUGUUGGAACUUUUGUUUUUUCUGUUAAGUUUAAAUUUUUAUUUUAAAAUUUUAUUGAAAGAAAAUUUUAAACGUUGU